UUGAAAUUGAUAGAUAGACUUGUGUAUUGAACGUUGGGAAUGUGAGGAAUUGAUAUAAUAAAUGGAUGAAAUUGGUGUCUGACUGAACCAAUCAAAUCAAAUGGUUCCACUUCUCCAUGAAGGCUUAUAUUAGAUGACAUCAUGUUUGUUUGCCCAAACUCUCUGGAAUUAUAGAUAUAGACAGAUUCGUAGACUUGUUGAAAUAAGAUCAUUAUAGAAUUCUCACUAAAAGAAUGGCUUCAUUGGGGACAUUGUUUGAGUAGUGAAUGAAUACGUUUUAUACAUUUGGCGAGGGUGUCAAAAAUUAAAAGGUAAAAAUAGUUAACAAAAGUAUUGGACGAGCACAUAUAGCUAUGCUUAAGCUGCCAUCUGUGACAGCGGCAUGCUGGUUCCUUUUGCCCUGGACUUCUGUUCGUCUCUAUUAAUGCCACCUCUUACAUAAAAUCAGCAGAGUUGAACACGUGUCUGGUGGAACCAACGUGUCAUUAACCUCCCUUCCAAGUUCCCACGACGACCGUUUUAGCCCCUCUCCUCGACCUGCUACAGUUACAUUCCUCCAUCUUCCCAGAUUGUUUGAGUAUCCUGUACCUUGUGAAAGCAAAUGAGCCAAGAACAGCCUCGCCGUCAAGAAACUCAACAUCCUAUCAAGUACGGGGAUGUUUUCAAUGUUACUGGAGACCUUGCAUCUAAGGUUAUACCGCCUGUGGACGCUGAUAUGAUGCAAACCGCCGAGACCAUGGUGUUCGGUCGAACCCAGAAGGGUGGCCCUGCCGCAACCAUGCAGUCUGCCGCCACCACGAAUGAGCGUUCUGGCUUCGUCGGCCACAAGGAUGUAAGUGAUGCUGCCAGAGACCAAGGAGUUGCCGUUAAAGAGACAGAUAUCCCAGGAAGCCGCAUCAUCACUGAAACAGUUGCCGGACAGAUCGUUGGGCAGUUUGUGGAGCCUACCUCGUUUUUUGGAGCUGCGGCUGUAGUGCAGAACGCGGUCACCAUAGGACAAGCUCUUGAAGCAAUCGCCCACACGGCAGGUGACAAACCUGUUGACCAGAGCGAUGCUGCUGCCAUUCAAGCGGCAGAGGUGAGGGCAACAGGGAGCAACGUCGUGAUACCGGGUGGACUCGCGGCCAGCGCUCAGUCUGCUGCUUCUUUUAAUGCUGGGGUUAGCAAGGACGAAGAUAAGAUUAAACUGAAUGACAUCCUCAUGGAUGCAGCAAUGAGGCUACCAGCAGAUAAAGUGGUGACGAAGCAGGAUGCUGAAGGGGUGAUGAGUGCAGAGCUGAGGAACAACCCAAGGCUGGCUGCCUAUCCUGGUGGUGUGGCGGAGUCCAUAACAGAAGCCGCCAGGCUCAAUGAGAACGUUAAUAAUGCACGAUCUUGUGGUGAGAGUGAUGACUGACGGGGUUGUAUCGUUUCGAUUGUAUAGUACAGUUUUGAGCUUUGUUUGUUAACUGUGAUCCAACUUUACAAAAAAAGAUGGCAUCAAACACAUUUCAAUAAAGAUCCCAUGUUAGCCAAAUAAA